GAGAAGUUAAGAAGAGCUGGCUGUUUCUACUAAUCGUCAGGCAUAAAGUACACACAUUCUAAACUUUCUGAAAAUGGUAACUGUACUCAACCACAAGAUAUUCUUCUCCCUCAUUCUGUGCUGGUUUGCUUCGAACCCUCUAGCACUGAGGUGGGUUUCCAGGACACUUCCAUGUGAUGUCACAGUGACCAAUAACAACACGUUUAUUCAUUUUGACUGUAGUGCUCGGAGACUAAGGGAAGUGCCUAAAGACAUUACCUGGAAUGCUACUAGCCUGCAACUUUCACAAAAUGAAAUACUCCUCUCGAAUCUGUCUUUUCACAAUUUGAGAAACCUCAUCAAUAUAAGCCUCAACUGGAGCCUUCAACAAAAAGGGAAACCUAUUUCAAAGGGAACUUUCUCCACUUUGACAAAACUACAGGUGUUGUUUCUGGAUGGUAAUUCUCUUUAUCAGAUGCCUGACGGUCUCCCACCUGGACUGAGAAUAUUAAGUUUAAAUUCAAACAGCUUAUUGUCAGUCAGUAAAAAGAACUUUUCAGGUGUGCCAAACCUUACAGAAAUCUCUAUAAACAAAAACUGUUACUAUCGGAAUCCCUGCAAUGGUUCAUUUUACAUAGAGAAUGGAAGCUUCUCACACCUUAUCAAUUUAAAUGACUUAUCACUGUCCUACAACAGCUUACCCCAAGUCCCCAGAAACCUGCCAUCUUCUUUAGUGAAACUUUAUCUCGGUUCAAAUAAAAUACAGUAUAUUGGUGAAAAUGACUUGUGGGGUCUAUCUGAACUGCAAAUUCUUGACCUGUCCGGUAAUUGCCCCAGGUGUGAAAAUGCUCCCUUCCCUUGUGAGCCUUGCCCUAACAAAGCCCCAAUUGAUAUACAUGCAUAUGCUUUUCGUAAUCUUAGGAAAUUGCAAACACUGCAUCUGUCUGGGAACUCUCUGCAAUAUCUACAAAGCACAUGGUUUGAAAACUGCCCAAAUCUCAAACAUCUCUUCCUUUCCUUCAACUAUUUAAUGAGCGAAAUCGCUCAAGGGGGCUUCUUAAACAGUUUACCUCAUGUGGAAAUGCUUGAUUUAUCCUUUAAUUACAAAAUAAAGGAGUAUCCUCAGAAAAUAAAUCUUUCCUCCAAUUUUAAGAAGUUGGAGUCUCUCCGUGUUUUACAUAUUGAAGGAUAUGUGUUCAGAGAAAUUGAUCAGGGUGACCUGGGUUCCCUCUACAACUUAACAAAUCUAACUGUGCUGAACCUGGGAACAAACUUUGUCAAACGCACAAACUUAAAAGAGUUUCAAAAUUUCUUUAAUUUGAAACUGAUAUAUUUGUCAGAGAACAAGCUAUCACCUGAUUCAAGAGGAAAUGACUUAUUUUAUGGGACAGCUAAUGAGGGAAAUGAGGUGUUCAGCAGCCCAUCAGUGAAUAAUCAAGGCAGCUAUAUCAAUAAGGACGAUACAGGGAGUAACUACCACUUAUCUCAUUUACUUGUUAAGCAUGAGUGCUUUGUCUAUGGUCAAGUAUUGGAUCUAUCUUUGAAUAACAUUUUUUUUAUCGCCCCUGAGCAGUUCAAAGGCUUUGAGAACAUUUCAUGUCUUAAUCUUUCAAGCAAUGGGUUUUCAGAUGCUUUGAAUGGCACUGAGUUUAUCCACCUUCCUAACCUCAAGUACUUGGAUCUGACUUAUAAUAAGAUUGACCUGGCCUAUGACUAUGCUUUUGCAGAGUUAGAGCAACUGGAGGUGUUGGAUCUAAGCUACAAUUCGCAUUAUUUUGUUGUGGCAGGAGUCACCCACAAUCUGAGUUUUCUAAAAAACCUUCAGUUUUUAAAAGUGCUUAACUUGAGCUGGAAUGAAAUUUAUACUUUAACAAACAAGGAGCUGAUCAGCAAAUCCCUAAAAGAGCUGCAAUUCCAAGGCAAUCGACUCGAUAUCUUAUGGAAGGGAGAUGACAACAGGUAUAUCACACUCUUCAAAAAUCUUUUGAAUUUAACAUAUCUUGAUAUAUCCUACAAUAGACUUAAAAGAAUACCAUCCAACGUGUAUUGUAGUUUGCCAUCCAACUUAACUGAGCUCUAUUUAAUUGGUAAUGGCCUCCAGUUUUUUGACUGGGAGAAGCUCACUUAUUUUAACCAACUUGAGGUUCUAGCUCUUAGAGACAAUAGUUUGACAUACGUCACUGAGAAGCUCAGCAGUUACACAAAUACUCUUAGGACACUUGACCUGAGUCAUAACAAGAUUACUCAGCUCUCUGAUGGCUUUCUCCAACAAGCAAGUAGCCUUCAGCACCUUUAUUUAAGUCACAACCACCUGAAGCUUAUAAACCAGUCAACCUUCCUAUCUGGGCCAAACAAUUAUCUGAAAAGAUUACAUCUGGAAGGAAACCCAUUUCAGUGCACCUGUGAUAUUUUGGAUUUCAUUUUGUGGAUAAAAUCAAACGAUGUUGCUAUACCACGUCUGGCCACAGAUGUCAACUGUGCAACGCCUGAAGAUCGAAAAGGAAAGGGCAUCAUAACCUUUGACCUUUCUGAAUGUGAAAACGACAUCACAUCAGCCAUAUUGUGUUUGUUUUCGUUCUUUGUUAUUACGCUCACGAUGGCGGUAGCUGUUAUAAAACGUUUAUUUUACUGGGAUGCUUGGUAUUUUUAUCAUUAUUUUAAGGCAAAGGUGAGGGGCUACCGAUCCCUUGAAUCAACAGAUAAUGUCUUUGAUGCCUUUAUUACAUAUGAUACCAAAGAUCCAGUCGUAUCAGACUGGGUUCUGAAUAAUCUCCGAAUCAAGUUAGAGGACAAGGGAGACAAGGCUUUGCUAAUAUGUUUAGAAGAAAGGGACUGGCAGCCAGGGGUACCUGUCAUAGACAACCUUUCUCAAAGUAUCCGACAGAGCAGGAAGACUGUAUUUGUGCUGACUGACAGCUAUGCGAAGAGUGGGAACUUUAGAAUAGCCUUUUACAUGGCGCACCAAAGACUAAUGGAUGACAAUGUGGAUGUGAUUGUGCUCGUUUUACUGGAGCCUGUGUUACAGCAUUCUCAGUUUCUGAGGUUAAGGAAAAGGUUAUGCAGAAGCUCCAUUUUGGAAUGGCCAACAAACCCCCAUGCUGAAGUCUGGUUUUGGCAAUGCCUGAGAAAUGUGAUCAAAGUGGACAAUCGUGUGCUGUAUAACAAUCUCUAUUCAGGUUACUUUACAGCUCAGUAAGAUUAAUACAUAUUUGUUUAUAUUGGAAACAAAAUAAACAAUAACAUUUUGAUUAA